UUUAUGCAAUAGGUGUUCAGCCAGGAAACGGGCGGCCGGAACCCGACUUCCCGUUAGUCCUGUGUUCCAUGGCAAGUUCCUCUUGUUUUCAGAGGGUGUUCCGAGUCACACAUGCAGCCCAUGCAUUCCUGAUUGGAUUCUACAUUGUAUACCCAAGGCCGCCGGGAACAAACACCGUCAGUUGCAGAGUCAUCGCUCGGCCAAAUCGAUUUGUUUUUUAAGUUUUGAUUAUUUUAAAAACCAUGGAGGCCACCAAACCGUACACGCCAGAAGCGAAGGAGAAACUGUGUGAUGCCUACCUAGACGUGCGGAGCGACAAAUCCGACACAAGAUGGUGUCUUGCCACGUAUCCAGACGAUGGGAAACAAGUCGAGUUGGCAGCGUCUGGUGUAGACUAUCAGGAAUUUUUGGAUCUAUUACAAGAUGACCAGCGGUCGUACGGCUUUGUACGGUACGAAACGGGCGAUGAGAUGAGCAAACGAGCAAAGUUUGCCUUCGUAACGUGGAUAGGACCAUCCGUGUCGCCCCUCAAGAGGGCCCGAGUAAGCACUGACAAGGGCUUUGUCAAGGAAAUAUUUACCACCUUCGGAGUUGAGGUUUUGGCGGACGACCGCGACGAUCUUCAAGAGGACCACGUCAAGGAUCUGCUAAAGAAGGCAGGAGGCGCCAACUACGGAAGCGCCCGCUAGUGGCUUACUUGAGCCAGUACUUCCCUCGUCUAUUUUAAUACAUAAUAAUCUUUUUUUUAACGGUGGUUGAUAUCAUCAAUAGGGCUUAUGUAGGUGUACGUGACCAAUUUGUAACUCUGUGCGUGCUACUAGCAUUAUCACAUGACCACAAACUCAUUUCUCAAGCCAGGUUUCAAAUAAUUUAUAUGUAUCCCGAGAGUGGACAAAACAGUGACAACAUUUCUCACUCAUGGUUAAUUGAUGUAAUAAAGAGCUUCGCUAAUCGGUAGGAGCAAAUAUUGACAUUCAGCCGACAUCUUUGUUUUCGGCACUUCAAUGCAUAUUGAUCUUUUUUUCAUUUUAUUUCUUGCCAUCAGCUCACGAUAACGCACAAACACUUUUAAGUCUACGUACUGGCAAUAAACAAAAAUAGGGACCUAAAUCGUUUUAAUUUUGGAAUACAAUUUUUUGAACGAUAAUGCCAUGGGUAACAAUGUUUACAGUGGUAAUCUAAAUCCUGAUAGUGUCUUUGUAUUUACAAUGGCGUCCCUAAGAAAGAGCCAUUGGUUUCAGCUAAUCAGUAUUUUAAAACGGCUUUUUUUUUUAAUUCACGCAUUUCUUGUCACAAUUAAGUUAUAUUGUCCACUAGAGCAGGCAAGUCGAAACGUUGAGACCAAAGACAAGUUCUUUUAGAACUUAAAGCAGGACUGAUCUUAUCAGAACUAAAUUUAGACCUACUUAGCGCAAGUUGAUAGACACGUUCUUUUGAGCGACAGUCGUUAUUACCACUGCCAUUGCCGCAAACCGAAACGAUAUUAUUGUCCACUUGCUGAUGAAUUAAAUUAUCUCAAUUUAAGUAAAAG